GAUGAUCGAACUAAAAGAUAAACUCUGUUCUCUCUCCUAGCUGGUGAAAAGCUUUGAUCUUUCGUUGUCGUCGAUAACGCCGCCGUCCCAAUUUCAUGUGGGCUUAAGGACUUCUCUCUCGGUUUUCGAUUACUGAGCAGAGCAAUUACCGGAGAUAUCAACGUAUUCUGUCCGGUUUCAAACAAUUACAAAUUCUGGGUUGCCACUUCAAGAUUUCAGUUUCUUUUCGGUUAGUUCCUUCUAUAUUUGUUGGGUUCUGUUUUUUCCUUUUGCUUCCGUAGACAUUAUGGAGAAACAUCUGGAACAAUAUCUCCAAGAAAUGUCAAUUGAGGGAGAAAUCGAUAAACCUCUGUUGUUAUCUAAUCAACCUAAGUUCAGUGCCUCUGAAAGAAAUCAGAAAAGCAUACUCGGUCGUUUUUUGAAUCCUGAUAAUCAGAGAAUGACAAAUUGGAUCUUAGAGAUGCCUACGAUUUGGAGAUUAUAUGACAGGGUUAGAGGAAUAGCUUUAUCAAAAGAUCGUUUCCAGUUCAUUUUCAAGUAUGAAGAAGAUAUAAAAGAGAUUUUAAAGACUGGAGUUUGGACUCAAGAUGAUUGGGGAGUAGUUAUGGAUAGAUGGGUUGAAGAUCCUCCUCCUGAUUUUCUGAUGUUCUUACCGGUUUGGAUUAGACUUCCUAAUAUACCUGUGAACCACUACACCAAGGACACUAUCUCCGAAAUCGCUGCGUGUGUCGGGCAGAUAUUAGAAGUGCCUUUUGAUGAGAAAGAAGCACAAAGCAGAGAUUAUGUGCGAGCAAGGGUAUUUCUUGAUCUUUCGAAGGGUUUGAGAAAUUUCAAAGAGUUACAACUUCCUAAUGGUGAUCUUGUUAAGAUUGGAAUUGAUUAUGAGAGAGUUCGCAAAAGGUGUUUUCAAUGCCAACGGUUGACUCAUGAUAAAUCUAGGUGCCCUUUUGUCCAAGCAGUACAGGAUCACCGUCUUGCGGCUGACUUAUCAGGUAGUACAAACGAGAUAUCUAAAGGCAAGGAGGUUACUGCUUCUGGAAAUGCAUCGUUGUAUGCAGGCUACUCUUCAUCAAAACUUCUAUCGGAUGCAAUCAAAGCUGACAGGUUGAUAAAGAAGAGCUCGGUUUUAGAGGUUCCUAUUCAAUACUUAGCUCCUGAUGCUUUCUUCUAUUGCCCAUCCUCAAACUUUUGUGCGGGUAGUUCAGAAGCGAGCUCUUCAAAAGGUGUCCAGCAGGGGAUAUCUUCAUCGAAAAGGCCUCGACCUUGGUUGAAAAACAACAAAGAUAGAAAAGGUAAGAAUCUGAAAACUAUGGAGUCAGAUUCGGACAAUAACUUGGAUAUUUCAGGAAAAAGGAUGGUUAAGGAAAAAGGUAAAGGGUUGGCCAAAGGUCUCCAGAGAGACAAAGAUACGGUGGUUCCUGGUGAACUGCCGCAAGAUCAAUAGAUAUAAUGUGCUGGAAUGUUC